AUGUCUUCUGUAUACCGUUACUCUCUGCGGGAAGAAGAUAAACCUUUCGUGCUCAUUCGAUCAAAUUUACCUUUGGGUAUAAGGUAUAUCUGUACAAUAAAAGGGGGAACACUUGGCUCAUUGUACGAGGGAACAAAAAUAGCUUUAUCAGAUACCACUUAG